CGGUAACAGGAACCCAGACCAAGACCAACGCUGCCACGUCAAAAUGUUUGAGCUAAAGCACAGAUGCAAAUGUUUUUUAAUCGAGCGCUGAGGAUGACAGCAGUAAUUUACUUCCUGGACUGGUCCUGUAUGAGGUGUCUGGACUUUGGGGGACACUGCAGAGUGAAGGACGUCGAUGGGAGCUGGGGCUCAGAGGAGUGCAGCGGCCCGCUCCACAAUCACAGCUCACCGGCACACCGAGAGGCACUCCGGUUUGGAGAAAUGCCGUGCACUUGUUCUCAAAAGGACCUGCUCGUGUGUGUGCGUGGCUACCGUCGCUUUUCUGUUCCUUCUAGGAGUCUUCCUGCUCUACUUACCGGACCCGUUCACGAAGGAACCGUUUGUCUCUGAGGAGGACAGCGCGGUGACGCUCCUCAUAUGGACGCAUCCGUUCGGACGGUACCGCAAACUUCUGGACUGCUUUGAGAUCUAUCAGAUUAGCGGGUGCACGCUCACUGACGACGAGAGCACGUACGGGCAGGCUGACGCUGUGAUCAUUCAUCACCGGGAUAUUGCCGUAGGCAGCGCUUAUUUGCCACCGGAACCGCGGCCACGUGCGCAAAAGUGGAUAUGGAUGAACUAUGAAUCCCCCGCGCACACACCCAAACUGUGGCUUUUUGAGGAUGUUUUCAACCUGUCACUAACCUACCGGACAGACUCUGAUAUCUUCCUGCCGUACGGGUAUCUGGUCCCCCGUGAAGGCAAAAGUCUCCAGAACCGCGUUGCGCAACCGCUCCGCGCACCCUCGCGCUCACACCUCCUCCGGCCCCGCCUCCUAGCCUGGGUCGUCAGUAACUGGUCGGAGUCCCAUGCGCGGGUGGCCUUCUACUACAAGCUUCGUAAGUACGUGCAGGUGGAUGUGUUUGGGGGCGCGGGCCGGCCGGUACCGGAGGACAGCGGCGGCGGCAGCUUGGUGCAGCUGAUCGGACGGUACCAGUUCUACCUGGCGCUGGAGAACUCGCAGUACACCGACUACAUCACGGAGAAGCUGUGGAACGCGGUGCGGGCCGGGGCCGUCCCGGUGGUCCUGGGUCCGUCCAGACGGAACUAUGAGCGCUUCCUGCCCCCCGAGGCCUUCAUCCACGUAGACGACUUCCCCACGGUGCGAGGGCUGGCUCGGUACCUGCUGAUGCUGAGGCGCAACCCGGACCGGCUGAGGCGGCACCUGGACUGGAGAGGCGGCUACAGCGUGCACCAGCCCACUUUCUGGGCUGAACACUAUUGCACGGCCUGCAAGGCGGUGAGGAGGACUAGAGGCAGGACUGACGUGAUCAAAGAUUUGACACUAUGGUUUCACUCGUGAAAACAGCAAAAUCACACCCAGCACCUGAGUGACAGUGAGGCUCCCUGUCCAUCAGCUGUCCAAGUUUACAACCGAAAUCUAUUUAUAAGCAACUAUGAUUGUUUGAUUUAUUUAUAUGACUUUAAUACAAUAACAUGAUAAUUGAAAA